AACUGUUCCAGGAACCUCUCCCAAGUUGCAACAUAAAGAGGACUGAAUAAAGAUCAAUUCUCCUGCUAAAGAUGAAAUUCAACUCUUCUCCCUGACACCUUUCCCCAGCAAUUGGCACUGUGAGCAGGGUACUGCAACGGUCUGUUCCAGACUACAUGAGUCCUAAUUGGACUUACAACAUGCGAUUGCAAUGUGAACUUUCAAUAUGGGUGAACAAAGUAAAAGAAAAUCUAAUCUUCUCUUCUACAACCAUCACUCCCACUUCACAUUUCUGGUAUUGAUGGCUCUACUGCUCCUGAUUCUGAAUUUGUAUGGCGUAAUGAAUGCUGAGCUGGACAAUUUUUCAGAUGUUCGACCUCCUCACCUGUGACUUGAAUUAUGUAUAUGGCAGCAAAGGGAAGAUUUACAACAAGUGAGUGCAUUGUGCCCUUUCAAUAUGGAUGAACAAAGUACAAGAAAAUCUCUUCUUCCCUUCUCCAUACGUCCCUCCCACUUCACAUUGCUGGUAUUGAUGGCUCUACUGCUCCUGGUGCUGAAUUUGUAUAGCGUAAUGUAUGAUAAAACUGCAAUAAUUGGAUCUAAGUCGAAAUGGAGGAGAUAUCCAAUUCCAAAGUUUAAUCACACCAUGAGGCAGAAAGUAGAGACAAGGAAUCUCCAUUGGACAGACAAGCUGGUACAAAAUGGCUACCAGAUUCACAGCUUCACCCCUGAAGAAAGGUCAGAGGGAACGUUCCUUAUGAAAAUGAUCGAAUGGCCUAAACUCCCCAGCUCUGCUGUGCCCUUUCGGAACAGCAGUGACCCAUCACACAGUCGCUUUGUAAUUUUAAAUUCUGCAAAGACUUUCUAUGUGGGAGAUCAGUUACAAGUGAUGCUGCAGAUGAGAGAUUUUGAAGGUCACCCAAAGCGAUAUGGGGGUGACUAUCUCCAAGCUCGGAUCCACACCCCAGCUUUAAAAGCUGGUUCAGCAGGAACUGUUAUAGACAACCAAAAUGGAUUUUACUAUAUCAAUUUUACUUUAUUUUGGCCGGGGAAAGUUGAAGUUUCUGUUUUACUGGCUCAUCCCAGUGAAGGGAUCCAAACACUUAAAAGACUACGCGAGGAACGACUAACGAGAGCAUAUUUUAAAAGUAUCUUCAAGAAUGGGAACAUUAUAGAGACUACUCAAUGUAAUCUUUAUUUGCCUCAGACUGAGCCACUCUGUAACUAUACUGAUCCCAGGACUGGGGAGCCCUGGUUCUGUUACAAACCAAAGAAACUUCCCUGCUCUGCUCGUAUUAGCUCGACUGUAGCAGGAUUUCUAACACAUCUCUUCAUUGGAGAAGAGAAGCUUUAUUUCCAAAGUCGUAUCAACCUCAAGCAGCCCAUAUUACCCAGUGGCACAGGAUACAUAAUGGUAGAGCCUUCACCUCAACCAGCUCCGGGUCUUGGAAAAUGUGUCCGGGGACAGCCCGUUGUAUCACCAUCCGGUUUUUAUUAUAAGGACCGAUGGAUGUCAACAACCUGCAAUAUUUACCACUUUGACACUCCUGCAAAAAUGGCAGACUGUCUUCGUCGAAAAAAAGUUUAUCUGUUUGGAGAUUCCACUAUGCGUCAGUGGUUUGAAUAUUUAACUCAAUCCAUUCCAGGUCUGAAAACAUUGGAUCUUGGUAAUCCUAUCAAGAUUGGUCCUCAUCUUGCAGUGAAUGUGGAGAACAACAUUGUGGUAAAAUUUCGCCCUCAUGGUCUUCCCAUCCAAUUCGACACCUUUUCAAGACACCUGCGUUAUGCUUCAAAUGUACUGGAUGAAAUUAGAGGAGGAGGAAACACAGUUAUAGCCAUUACCUUAACGGCCCAUUUCACCCCUUUUCCUGUCGAAGUCUACAUUCGGAGAAUACAGAUUAUCAGGAGAUCAAUUCUACAGUUACUUGACAGGAGCCCGGAUACACUGGUUGUCAUAAAGACAGCCAAUGUCCGGGAACAGCCCCCACAGAUCAUUAGCUCUGCCAGUGACUGGUACGCUUAUCAGUUUGAUUCAGUGAUGAGGAAGAUGUUCACAGGCAUCAAAGUGGUAUUUGUUGAUGCCUGGGAGAUGACAAUAGCACAUUACCUUCCUCACCAUAUACAUCCCGGGAGAAUUAUUAUAAAGAAUGAAGUAGAUGUGUUUCUUUCACAUGUGUGCCCUUCUGUAAAAUAAUGACAUUUGUAUGGGAUCAAUUAUAACCUGGGUUUUUUUUCAUAUGAUUCAAAAUCUAAAGUAUAACUUCAUAUUUUUAGGGGUCUAUAUCACCACUGCUACAGGAUAUCCAUAUCUGACACAUGUCUAACAAACCUGGUCUGAACAUGCCCACUGAAUGCACGUCAUACAAACUGUUCAAUUAUUCAGCACUUCCCCACACUCCUGCUCACACAAUAUCUCACCCACAUAACAUCUCAAAACCAUAGUCUCUCUCUCACACAUUCCUUCUACAAAUACACUGUGGGAAAAGAUCUGCCACCUGCCUAGGCCCACACAGAACAUAGGAAAGCAAACUUGACCAAACUAUACCAGAAACACCCAGAAUGCCUCAGCAGAGACCAAACAGACUGACAAGUGAAACCAGAGAGCAUUCGCAGACAAGGGAAUAUACUUCCUAAAACACACUAACAAUACCAGGUCAACACAGCUGUCCCAAAGCCACACAAAGAACAGGUCAGAUGGAGAGGCACCACCAAGGACAUCGCUCCAGAACAGGAGCAAUGGAAGCACCUUACUGUUUCAAAAGAGACAUUCUCACCUCCCUGCAAAGAGGACUGGAGUUUCCUGAUCCCAUUGAUACUGUCAGGGUGCUGCACUGUAUCGAGAAUCAGGACAUUCAUCUGAUAACUGUUUUUCAAUUAUUAUCACUGUAACUAGAUUACUCCAUUUCCAAAUACAGUGUAUCUUUCCCCAUUUUAAUUACCUUAUUGUACAAGAUUCCUAUAAAACCUGGCUUCAUCCUCAGUUUGAGGAAGAGUAUUCUCUGCCAGCUGGACAGGC